CGGUAAAAAAAAAAAAUGUUAAGAGACUACCAGUUUUUGAACAACACUGUUCUUACCUACUGGCCCUCCAGCCCACGCACACGAAGAGAGAGAACCCCAGAAGCCAUGUUUCCUUUCCGUCUACCACUGUUGGCCAUAUUGGUCAGCGUCGCCCUGUGCCAGUAUUAUGACUACGACUACCAGCCGCUAGGUUCCAUUCUAGGACCCUCAGGGCCCAACUGUAAUCAAGAAUGCGAUUGUCCAAUCAUCUUCCCCAGUGCCAUGUAUUGUGACAGCCGUAAGCUCAAGUUUGUUCCCAUAGUCCCAACAGGGAUCAAGUACCUGUACCUCCAGAACAACCAAAUAGAAGAGAUCAAGGCAGGUGUAUUUGAUAAUGUUACUGAUUCACUUCGCUGGCUGGUACUUGACGACAACCAGCUUACCAAUGCUAAGAUCGCAAAGGGCACAAUCGACAAACUCACAGCCCUGGAGAAGCUGUUCUUCAGCAACAAUAACCUAACAGAGCCAGUUAUUCCUCCCUCAAAGUCCCUUGAUGAGCUUAAGAUGAUGCACAACAAGUUGUCCAAGUUCCCCUCGGGACUUCUUACAGACAAGGAGAAUUUGACCUCCAUCAACGUUCAGCACAAUCAGCUCACCUCUGAAGCCAUAGCGGGGGCAUUCAAAGGGCCGAAGAAGCUGCUGUCCCUGGAUGUGAGCCACAACAAGCUGAAGAAGCUGCCAGCCGGAGUCCCAAGUUCACUGGAAAUCCUCUAUGCUGACUACAACGACAUUGACAGUGUCGGAGCAGGAUACCUGAACAAGCUGCCCUCACUGCAGUACCUGAGGAUCUCCCACAACAAGCUGGUGGACUCCGGGCUCCCUGCUGGAGUGUUCAAUGUUACAUCGCUGGUGGAGCUGGACCUGUCUUUCAACAAACUGCAGUCCAUCCCUGAGAUCAACGAGCAGCUGGAGCAACUCUACCUUCAGGCCAACGAGAUCAACAAGUUUGACCUGGCAAGUUUCUGCAAGUACGUUGGACCCCUCAACUAUUCCCGUCUGAAGCAUCUGCGUCUGGAUGCCAACAACAUCACACACAGCAGCAUGCCCCCUGAGUCUUCCAACUGCCUGCGUCAAGCAUCAGAUAUCAUGUUUGAAUAAGGACCUCCCCCAAAUCUAUGACCUUUCCAUGACCCCCUUAUCUACCACCAUUGCACAACUCACCCCAAAGCCUUCUGGAAAUAAAUGGCUUAAUAUCUCUCCUUUCAUAGUACUCACAUGUCCUUGCACAUAAGUAGUAUGCAAAUUUGGGGUACUGUAAUGGCAUCUUCAUCAAUUCAAUAUAUAUCUUGAGUAAAUCAAGAGCUGGGCAAAUUUGAAAUACAAUAGAUGGCAAGUCAAGCUAUCGACAAUUAUGCAAAUCUUAUUGCAAUAUGUUUUGCAAAAUAACAUAACAAUAUACAAUAUAACAUGAAAUCACAUUGUUAAAUUUAUGAAGCACCAAAAAGUGUUAAUAUUUGGCUCUAGAUAUGAAUGAAUAUUCUCAUUGUUGAAAUAAACAUGAAGCAAAAAAUAGAGGAAGAAAAAAAAAAAAAAAAUAUAUAUAUAUAUAUAUAUAUAUAUAUAUAUAUAUAAAAAAGGAGAAUGACCAAAAGUUCUAUGAAUAAAAAAUUCAUUCAUAGAAAAACACACACUUUAAACAUUCCAAAUGUCCAUUUGAUUUUAUUGAAUACAGACACAAUGGGGUAAACAAGGGCUCCAAUGUCUCAAUUCAAUUAUCAUUUUGUUGUCUGUCUUAUGUUCCUGUGUUUAGCAUGUAUAAUAUAAUUUGGGUACAAUAAUCCAUUGCUGUGCAAAGGACCAGCAAAUAAAGACUUUCAGUGUAUAAUGCCUGGUGUGAGAGAUGAUGAACAAAUGUAAAAAAGCAGUUACACAGCAGUCACAUUUUCAACAUCUUGAAUGAAUUAAAGUGGUUUUAAGGAAAAUACCAGUGUCAUUCACUCGUAUCUGCCAUUGCCUGCCUUCUUCACAUACAAUGGCUUGAAGCACGAUGUGCCACUGACUGACUGAAAAUGUAUAUACUCAGAUAAGAAAUUUCCAUAUCUUCUCAGAAAUAGCUUCCCAACAAAUAAGCAAGACGUAUAUGUUUUUGAAGUACUUGAUGUUAAAAACAAGAAUAAAAGGCACGUGAUUAAAAGACAGAGGUAUUAUCCUUGAAAUUUCUUUGCUCAGUUAAACCUUGAAAUGAUAGGAUGAUGUCUUCUUGAAAUCACAAGUCACAAUGUUUUACUUUACCUAAUUCCUAGCUGUCCACUGUCAUGUGCAUUCCUGAUUUGUAUACAACAUAUGCAUUACUUGCAUGCAACCAAUGGUACCAUUCUUUGAUAAUAAACUACAGCUUUUGCAGUUAAGGUGCUUUCAUUGUUACGUUGUUGUUUACCAUGUUUGAUAAAUACUUUUUACCAAUACGAAGUCAACUCGGCAGCAGUGUCAUGUUAAUUAGAAUAUCACAUUUUGUUUGGGUAAUUUUUCAUUUCAUCAUGAUUUCUUUUGUGGACUCAGUAACUGCUCUUGGAUUUACUGUGAGGAAACCAAACACAGUUGAAUAAACUAUAUUUCCAACA